AAAAAAAAAACACUGAAGAAGAAGAUGGAGUUGUUAGGUACAAUAGUUGAAGAACUCAACAUCUCAACCAUUUAUACCAUUUUGGGCAUCUUGUUUGCAGUUUUAGUGUAUUUCUACAGGCCAUACUGGGUUGUGAGAAAAGUCCCUGGCCCUCCAGCACUCCCCCUUGUAGGGCACCUUCCCUUGCUUGCUAAGUAUGGCCCUGAUGUUUUCACAGUCAUGGCGAAACGAUACGGCCCUGUCUUCAGGUUUCAUAUGGGGCGGCAGCCAUUGGUGAUCAUAGCAGAUGCAGAGCUUUGUAGAGAAGUUGGGAUCAAGAAAUUCAAAGACUUCCCAAAUAGAAGCAUUCCAUCUCCCAUCUCUGCCUCCCCUCUGCAUCAGAAAGGCCUGUUCUUCACGAGGGAUGCAAGAUGGUCAACAAUGAGGAACACAAUACUGUCACUCUACCAGCCAUCUCACCUGGCCAAGCUGGUCCCAACUAUGCAGUCAUUCAUCGAAUCUGCAACUCAGAAACUUGAUUCUGAAGGGGACUUCACCUUCUCUGAUCUUUCCCUCAAACUAGCCACAGAUGUUAUUGGACAGGCUGCUUUUGGAGUUGAUUUUGGGCUGUCUAAACCCAAAGUGGGCAAAGACUCACUUCACAAUGGAGUCCAAGAAUUCAUUAAUCAGCAUAUCUAUUCCACAACACAGCUGAAGAUGGACCUGUCAGGCUCCUUUUCCAUCAUAUUAGGCUUACUUGUUCCAAUUCUCCAGGAACCGUUUCGCCAAGUACUAAAGAGGAUACCCGGCACAAUGGACUGGAAAGUGGAGAGAACGAACAAGAAUCUGAGCGGGCGCCUUGACUAUAUUGUGGCGAACAGAAUGGAAGAAAAGCAGCGCGGCUCGAAGGACUUCUUGUCCCUGAUUCUGAGUGCAGUGGAGUCUGAGAAAGUUGCAAAGAAUCUGUUUACCUCGGAUUAUAUCAGUGCAGUGACUUAUGAACACUUGCUGGCUGGAUCAGCAACCACAUCAUUCACAUUGUCUUCAAUUAUCUAUCUGGUUGCUGGCCAUCCCCAAGUUGAAAAGAAGUUGCUUCAAGAGAUUGAUGGUUUUGGCCCUGCUGAUCAGGUUCCCAGUGCCCAUGAUCUUCAAACAAAAUUUCCCUACACUGAUCAGGUGAUCAAAGAGGCAAUGAGAUUCUACACAGUUUCUCCACUAGUUGCUAGAGAAGCAUCAGCACCAGUGGAGAUUGGAGGCUACAGCCUCCCAAAGGGAACAUGGGUUUGGCUAGCCCUUGGAGUUCUAGCUAAAGAUCCUAAGAACUUUCCUGAACCAGAAAAGUUCAGGCCUGAGAGGUUUGAUCCAAAUUGUGAAGAAGAAAAAAGGAGGCAUCCUUAUGCAAACAUCCCUUUUGGAAUAGGACCUAGAGGAUGUAUAGGACAGAAGUUCUCCCUGCAGGAAAUUAAACUCUCCCUAAUCCAUUUAUACAGGAAGUACACAUUUAGACACUCCUCCCUAAUGGAGAGCCCUCUCGGGAUCGAGUAUGGCAUCGUUCUCAACUUCAAGCAUGGCGUCAAGGUUGAAGCCAUCCGACGUUCAUGAAAAUUCGAGUCUAACAGGCAUUCCUGAACUCUGAAAUGUACAUUCUAAGUUGAUAUUGAGAUGACUACCCAUAAAUCUCAUUGUUUCAAGAUGAUACUUUAAAUCCCCUCCUCUCCACCCCUUUUUGUACCAUUUUUCUUGUAUAUUUUCACCCAUGUAAUGCAGCACAAGUGGGGCAUAUUCAGAGACA